AUGAGUAUGUUAUUUGAUCAAAUAAAAUUGUUACACAGCCAAAAAUUGCAUUCCAAUGUCAUAAAAGUGGCAGAAAUGGUUUUAAAAGUUAGUGAACAUACAACGGAUAUCUUAACAGCGCCACACAAAUUCCGUGUAUUAGCAUAUCAGGGUGAUUCACAUUACUCCUUAGGUAAUUAUCGUCAAGCAGAAGCUGCUUAUAUAACAGCGUUGACAUUUAAAGAAGCCUGGAUUUCAGCAAACCCACCACAAACUGCAUAUGAUGGCACAAAAGAUCCUAUGCCUGUUUUAGAUAUUAAAUAUCAACUGCAUCUAUGUUUAGUGAAAUUAAAAGAUAAUAAACAGGCCUUAACUGUCUUACAAUCGGUACCGUCCAAACAGAGAAAAACUAAAAUUAACAUGGCUAUAGCAAAACUUAAUCAUCAGAUGGGCAAUAUUGUUCACGCUGUUACUGCUUAUAACAAAGUUCUAAAAGAAUGUCCAUUAGCAAUUGAAGCAGCUGAAGGACUUUUGAGCUUAGGUGUUAAAGGAACAGAAGUGAACGCUAUGAUGUUAGAAAUGGUUGGAAUUAAUGGACUUGAAUGGAUCAGUGGCUGGAUAAAAGCCCAUGCUUAUCUGUUUCAACAGACUGAGUAUCCUGCAGCUAUCAAUACAUUAAAACAAUUGGACGAUAACUCACCUUUAUGCAAUAGUAAUAGAUUAUUAGUAGCUAUAGGAAAGUCAUAUUAUUUUUAUGGAGAUCGUAAAAAUGCGCUUAUUUACUUACAAAGAGCUUACAGGUUAAAUCCACUAAUGCAAGAUGGUCUGUGCACACUAGCCAUGUGUCUAUACAUGGAAAAACACAAUAGAGAUUUAGAAAAAUUGCUCCCAACUAGUUAUACAGAUGAAUCAUCGAUUGACUCCCAUAUGUGGAUAGUUCUUGCUUUUGUGUGUUAUAGCAAUAGUAAUUAUUCUAAAGCACUGUGCUUAGCGCAAAAAGCUUGUUCUGUUGAUCAAAAAAAUAUUGAAGCUCUAUUGUUGCACGGAAUGAUAUUAACAAGUAUGAAAAAGUAUUCAGAUGCUAUUUUACAAUUCCGUAAAGCUAAUGAUAUUGCGUCUUAUCUUUUCGAUCCGCAUAAAGGUAUGGUAGAUUGUUAUAUAGCAUUACAUAAGAUGAGAAAUGCUGUAACAGCUGCUAGUAAUUGUUGUAAACAAAUGAAUAACCACCCAAAAGCACUAACAGUAAAUUUGUGCCAAGCGUAUCAGCAGUUGGUACUUAGUGAAGAGAGUAAAAAACUAACAACUAUAUCUACUUUUAAAGGAUUGUUUAUGUUUAAUCGAUUACCAUAUGGUAUAGCCUCAGCUCCAGGGUUAUUACAAAGAGAAAUGGAAAAAUUAUUAAGUGCUAUACCAGGCACUGUAUGUUUUUACGAUGAUAUUGUAAUAGCUGGGAAAGAUGACAAAGAAUUAAGUGAUAGACUGUAUAGUGUUUUAGAUAAACUUUCUUUGGCAGGUUUAACGGUAAAGAAAGAAAAAUGUAAUUUUUUUACCGACCAUGUUACAUUUUUAGGUUACAAGGUAGAUAAAAAUGGUCUCCAUAUACCCGAUGAAAGAAUUAAAGCAAUUAAUAAUGUGGCAAUACCUAAAAGUACACAGGAUGUUAAGGCAUUUUUGGGUUUGGUUAAUUACUACGGUAAAUUUGUAGAAAAUAUGUCUACUAUCGCUGGUCCGUUAUAUGCAUUGUUGAAGAACAAUACACAAUUUGUUUGGAAUGCAAUUCAGAGUAAAGCAUUUUCUAAAAUUAAGGAAUCUAUUUUAUCUAAUAAGGUUUUGGUACAUUAUAACCCAAAUUUGGAAUUAAUUGUAGCUAGUGAUGCUAGUCCUUUUGGUGUGGGAGCUGUAUUAUCACAUAUAAUGCCAGAUGGGUCGGAGAAGCCUAUUGCUUUUGCAUCUAGGACGUUGAGUGCAUCUGAAAAGAAUUAUGCACAAAUUGACAAGGAAGCCCUUGCCUUAGUUUUUGCCAUUAAAUAUUUCCAUCAGUUUGUGUAUGGUAGGGAAUUUAUUUUGAGGACUGACCACAAGCCUUUAGUCAGUAUUUUUGGUGAAAAGAAAGGAAUUCCUCUUAUGUCAGCACAUAGACUACAGCGUUACGCUAUAUUUUUAUCCGGUUAUACUUAUAAAAUAGAAUUUAUUAAAGGUCUAGAAAAUGGUAAUGCUGAUGCUCUAUCAAGAUUGCCUUUAAGUGUAAUUGGUAGUAAUGAUAUAGAGUGUGAUAAUUUUUUCAUUAAUAUGGUAACUACUAAUAUUAAGUCUAUUGGAGAUUUAGAUAUUUGUAAUGAAAUUAAAAAAGAUGUUGUUCUGCGUGAUGUGUUUAUUAAAGUGUUUACUGGGAAUUGGCCUGAUAACAGUAAGGAUGUUUCACUAGUUCUUAAACCAUUUUACAGUAGGAGACUGGAAUUGUCUAUCGAGCAGGGUUGUUUGAUGUGGGGACAUCGAUUAAUUAUUCCUCCAAAGUAUAGGAAACAAUUGUUGCAGGAAUUGCAUAGUACACAUAUGGGUACUGUCAAGAUGAAAGCAUUGGCUAGAUCUUAUUUAUGGUGGCCAGGUAUGGAUUCCGAAAUUGAAUGUAUUACAAAAGAGUGUAAAGAAUGUUUAAUUCUUAGCGAUAGUCCACCUAAGAGUGUGUUACAUAAUUGGCCUUGGCCUGAAGGUCCUGCACAAAGAAUCCAUGUAGAUUUUUUAGGACCUGUUAAGGGUAUGAUGUUCAUAGUUAUUUUAGAUGCAUACUCAAAGUGGGUUUUUGUGAAAAGAAUGUUAAAUAUAACAUCUAGUUCUACUGUUAUGGUGUUAAGAGAGUAUUUUGCAACUUGGGGUAUACCUGCAAAAUUGGUAUCUGAUAAUGGGCCUUCUUUGUGUUCUGUUGAGUUUGAAACAUUUCUUAAAAACAAUGGUGUUUUUCACAUUAAAACUGCUCCAUAUAACCCUUCAUCUAAUGGCGCAGCAGAGAAUUUAGUGAGGACUUUCAAAAAUUACUUAAAGAAAGUAAUUUCUAGUACUAAUAAUAAAGAUUGUAUUGAUACUAGUGUGUUGAAAUUUAUUUUGUCUUAUAAUAGCACUAAACACUGUUCUACUGGUUUUAGUCCUGCUCAACUGCAUAUCGGGCGUUCUUUAUUUACAUCUUAUGAUAGGUUGACACCUUUUGCUAAAGUUAAUUAUGAAAAAAGUUUGGUUAAAAAUAAAAAUUGGUAUAGAGGUAAUAGAAAUAAAGAGUAUAUUGUUGGGGAUUUAGUAAUGUGUAGGAAUUAUACUGGAGGGGAUGAGUGGGUACAAGCAGUUAUAUUACAGAAAUUAUCUCCUGUUACUUAUGACUUGAGAUUAGGUGAUGGUAGAAUUUGGAAGAGACAUGUGAAUCAGAUUAUAGAUUGUGGUUUAGUUGUUGAAAAAGAGGUGAGUACAGAUCAAAACAUUAAUUUGGAGCAAGAAGAAGUAAUUGAGGAAAAAUUGGAGGUAACUGAAGAGUUAGGGAAGGAUGUGUUCGAUUCUCAAAAGGAUACUUGUGUUAGUACUGAAAGACCUAAGCGAGUUAAACGUUCACCUAAUAAAUUGAAUUUGUAA